GACUAUCGUAUCUUACAGGUUACCGCAUGAUCCCGUCCUUUCUAACGACACCGUCCAGACAUCGUCCUGUCUCUCCGGUGUAGACAGGGGGCUCCCUUUGGGAUACUCUAUAGUCUUGAAACUCGAAAAAGAAAUAGAAAAAUGAACUGUUAUAUAGAGCAUUUUCCCGUGAAAUGAUCUCGCAUAUACUAAUCAAAUACAUGUAUGACUGUUUUGUUUUGUAUAGAAAAAAAAGAUAAAAUUUGAUAUAGGGAGGUUCGGAUGAUUCGAAAUUUAUGGGGGCAUCCAAAAUGAGGGCUUUAAUAAAUGAAAUGGUGCAUUGUUAAAUCAAGGUUGUAAGUAAGGUGGACAUUAGUCUGCUGGGCAAACCCUUCACUCGAAAUAAGGGUCUGAAUGUGCAGCCUACUCAUGCCUUGUGUACUGAAGGCCGCUCUCUCGCUAACAGCAAGUUUUCUAUGUGCUAGUCUUUGCGUGGAGGCACACUUGUUGAUCAAAGUUCCAAUGAGGGUCUGUGCCUGCAGACUAGGUGGACAUGGAGAUGGAGUUAGUAAACAACAUACAUAUAUAUAUACACACACAUGCAUAAUUAUACAUAUUUUACUGUAGUACUAGUAUUCGGUCAAUUAAUGCUAUAAUCCACCUCAUGAAUAUCAACUAGCUCGUCGAUCCAUAUCAUCAACGCCGCUUAUUGAUAUGCAAAUACGAAAACGUCCCGAAAACCAAUGGUACGAUUUGAUUGGGCGACCGCUUAUCAAUAUGCAAAUAAGAAAGCGAAUCAGCUCGCCGUACACACACAAACAAUCAAGCACUCGUACACAAACCUUAUCACACAAACUCACUCUAAACACGUCCACAUGUAUGUACGUACAAAUAGCUUUAUUUUGGUUUUGAAUUCCGCGCGGUUGUUUUCGUAUGCUUAUCCUCAUCCGUUGCUUCGAGUUUGUUAUAUUUUCAUCGAAAUUCUGACAUUUUUUGCGACAAAUAGGACACAUAAAUUUAUAUGUAAAGAAAGUGAUAUUUUCGUGUCUUUUGAUUCAAGUUUUGAAUCCCCGAUAAUAUUUUUGCGGUAGAAUAUUUCUAUAUUGCUGUAGCUGUAGGCCGGAGCCAAGGCUAUAUAUCUCGGCAUGAGUACUCCUCCGAGCCGUCGCCUACGGUGGUCUCUUACUAGGGAUCUCUCGGGAUCGAGUGAUGAUGACUCAAGUUCAAGUUGUUUGUACCUGGUUGUGAAUGGGUCGAAAGCACGAUCAAAGAGAACCAAGGCAACCUACGACCACCUUUCUGGGCUUCAGCGAAGGGAUGAUAAGGUGCUGUUCACCAUGGCUAGUGGUAAGAAGGUGUGGAUGAAUGCCAAUGACAUGGAUGCUGAUGCUGUUAGUCAAGAGUUCGAUAUCACGACCAUAGAGGAUUUGGAAACCCAAGUCCAACCUCUCCUUUCAUCAACCCCAAAGACGCGACCAAGCCAGAGGAAAAGACUAAGAGUUCCAAAUGAACCCAGGACAAAUCAAAGCUGCAAAGGUGUUGUUGAGGUUCCCAUCACAAUGAUUACUUUAGGGAACCCCAUGAAAUUACUGAUAAAAUGUAACACAAACAGAGUGGAAAUGUAUAAGCAGGCCUUGUUGGACAAUCCCAAUAUGAACAUACCAAUCCUGCCUGUAAUGACAGAAGAUGAAGCAUGGGAUGAGGAAACUGCAGAAGAGUCUCAAUACAUGCUCCUUGGUGGCUGUAAUCUCCUCACUGCAAUCAUCGACUUGGCAGGGGAUGACAAAUUUGCACAUUUGAGAAGAUGUAAAGUUAGGGUACAUGGAUCUCUAUCCAUGGGAGAUGCCCUCCACAUAGGUGCCCUAUUCCAGCAGGAACAGGGACUUCUUGUUGAUGAGGCUCCAACCCUCCAAGCCAAGGUGGCAGUAUGUAGACGUUUACUAUAUAGCAUGCAUGAGCUUGAUGAGGACGCUGAUGAACCACCAGCCAUUGUCCAAAAUACUUGGAGGAAAAGGGCAGCAGCGGCAUUGGGUUGCUUGUCCUCCAACCCUAAGGAUCGAAAGAAAUUGGAAACAACGUUCCAGCUAGCUCUGUACAGUCGGAGGUGCUAUGCGAAACUGGAAAGGAUGUUCGAGCUACAUGAAGAAAAGCAUGGGAAAGCUCUGAAGCAAACUGUCUUCAUGCAUCUUCAAGGACUGAAAGAAGAGGAGAAAUAUGAGUUACUCACCAAGGUAGUGAAUGGAGAAAUUCAAUUGGACAACAUGAAAUCAAGGGCUAAAUUUCAGAAAGGACUUCACACAGUGCAGCGUGAGUUCCAGUUGCUCACUAAAAAAAGGACUUGGGAUGAAUGUAAGAGGGCAUACCCUGAAUAUACCACAGAUUCUGCCUUAGGCCAGUUUAUUGGCAUGAACUUCAAAAAGUCUAUACCAAGAGAAUUUUUCAAUUUCGUACAAGAGGUGAUGGACUCACCAAGUGGCACAACCACCUCAUCGAGUUUGAGACUAUGUCCUGUCUCCCUUACUGUCCUUGAAGUGGAUGGAACAACUGGAAUAAAAAAAGUGGCUAAGGACUUGAAAGAAGGAACAACAAAUGUGGUUGUGAUUACAGAUGGGAUCAUGGUGGCAUCGAGAUGGCAGGAGGCAUUGGAGCGAGAGGGAUUCUCAAUGUGUCAAGAAAGUGUGAUUGUUGGAGAUAAUAAAGCUCGCUAUGUGAUUGCAGGAACAACUGCAAAUUUGAGUCGUGGACUGGGCAAUAUUCUACCAGAGGCAACUGCAUUCCAUACCAUUUUGACAGCAUUUUCAGAUGCACAAGACAGUAUUGCACUCGCUGUACAGGAUUAUGAUGCAGUUGAGGAAGAUGCAUUGACCCUGAAUAGAAUUGCAAGAAACUUGUCCAUUUGUGGAAGGAGUUCUGGGAGUUCUGGAAGUUCGGGAAGUGAGUACGACUUCUCAGAAGCUGAGUCAGCAGAUUGAAUAUGAGCAGCUAGAAUAUCAAUCACUGUAUAAGGAAGCGUUACUGUUAUUAAGUAGUGCUAGGUUAGUGUUUUAUGAUUAUGUCGAUAAAUCGUGGUAAGACUUACGUACUGUCAAUUAUGAAAAGUUCAUGACUAUUGAACAAAAAUGCAGCUCUGUUGCUUUAAACCAAUUCAAGAUGUAACCCAAAUGCCAACUUUCAUGAAAAAGCAUGGAUGAAAGCCUUUAUUUCCACUUCUUUGCUCUCACGGAUUUGCAACUCCUGAACUUAUGUAAUGAAUUUCAGACUGGGCUGUACAAUUAUCAAUUAGCAAUACUAGAAAGACUCUUGUUGUGAUGUAUUUUUCAUGUGUAUAUUUAUUAAAGCUAUCCCCAGAGCAAUGAGAUGUAAUUAAAGCAUCUUGGGGGAUCAAUCUUGUAUGUAUUUGACUAUUUAUAACUUGUUAUAAUUAUCCACAUUCAGUUGAAUGGUGUCAUUGUUUUGAUAUUACAGUUACAAUAUUCAGUCAGUUAUUGGUAUUACUUGUCAUAAGAUGUAUUCAAGGCAAUAAGUGGUUGAAAGAAGGGAGAUAAAACAUGUUCAUAAUAUCAGUUCUUGCUACUCUGUGUAAUCUGUACCCUUUUAUAUCAAGAAUGCCUGAAAACAUGAAUUAUACAGCUAUUUUAUGGUUUUUAAAUUUUUAGAAAUUCAUAUAUGAGUUUUUUAUGAUACUAAAUUUUCCUCUUAGCUCAUAAUGAUGUCUUAAUUAAUAAUCAUAAUUAACAUCUAUGUGCACGAUAUAAACCUUUGUUACUUUAUAUUGAGAGUGCCUUAGAAAUGAACAGUACAGCUAUCCUAUAGUUUUCUAUGAGUAGUUCAUUUAUGACAUCAUUUUUCCCUUUAAAUCAAUGUAGGCAUUAUCAUAAUCAUCACAAUGCGCUAAUUAACAU